AUGGCCGACCCAAACGAGUCUCUUGUUGAAAUUGUUGGAAAGGACAAAUUUAUCACCAAAUCAGACGAUGAGGUCCUCGAUCUCUUCAAAGACGCCUUUAAGACUGAGCUCAACCAUCUAAAGAAUGCAAGCCCAACCGUGGAAUCCGGUGCAACGAAGAAAUGGGAGUGGACACCAUCACAGAGCGUUUUCGGGGAGGAUUUCCACGAAGUGAACCGAACACUAACCAGCAUGUUGGCCAUCAAAUGGGUGCUGGCGGGCGACUAUGAGACGUUCACGAGCGGCCAAAAUGACAGGAAGCUCGAGCAGGGCUCUUUCAUGAAGCUGCGGGAGUUCUUUCGCGCUCGAUUGCAUACACCAGACGAUAUUUAUGCUCUUAUUGUUGCAAUUGCGAUUGACGAUAUCGGGAAGGACAAAGCUCUUGCGGAGAGGGUGGGAAUCCCAGAAAAGAACCACGGGGAAGUGCUGCUCAAAGCCGUGAAGAUGAAACUCGUGCCCGCAUUGGAAACAAUCACAGACCUAGUUAAGAAAAAUAUUAUCGUCCAGAGCCUGAGGAUCGGCUCGAAACUUGAUAUUUCGCAAAUAGUCCAGGGGGAAACAGUCCCGCACAGCAUGCUUGCUCUAGAUGAUGGCCAAGGGCUUCAGGAUGCAUUCGAUAUCAAGGCUAUGGUAACAUUGCUGGACGUGGGAGGGGCUGCUGCACAUAGUGACCCACGCGGGUGCAUUGUGAUGACGCAACCGAUAUUCAGUCACUAUAUAAAGGCGAUCGAGCUCUUAGAUGAAUAUCGCAAGAUGGGAAACCCAGACUGGCCCAAAUGCUACAACGAGUACCUGGCUUACCGUGCUGAUAUUCUGAAGGCCGAUGGGUUCGCUUCAUUAACUACCAACAACUUGGAACAACGUGCGCUUCUUCGACUUCUUUGUAUGGGGCGAGUGGAGACAAGGGAAAAGGCGGAGCAGUUUCACAAUGCUUUUUCGAAGUUGCCAUCUUCUACGAAAACGGAUCUGGUGAAGGGACUCACUGUAAAUGGCAUUGAAGAUGGUACCGCCAUUCUUCCCUACUACGCACCCGGCAUCCUGUCAGAGGUGCUGAGGAAUAUGCCAGAAGGGAGAAUGGUCCAGUAUCUGAAAGUCUUUAUGAAGUUCCUGGCUGGAGUAUAUGAUGGCUCCGAACCUGAACCUGGCAAGCCAGGUGCCCUUGAAGAACGUGACUUGGCCCCGAUGCAGGAUAUGGUCAAAAGCUCCGAAUUCAAAGAAGAUCCAGAACUCUUAGUGAGGACCCAAUUAUCAUAG